AUGCUUGUGUCAAAUAUUCUCCUUGCCGCGCUGUUGUGCGGAUUCCAAAUAUCGGCGACGGCGAUAGCUCUUCCGCCAAACGAACCUCAGGGUAUCUGUGUUGAUGGUGAUGACUGUCACUCAUAUUUGGAACACGGGAAGGACUGGAACAAACGUGCGCCUCCACCAGUCGAAAAACCUCCGACGCCCCCGGUGCGACCUCCAAGUCCUUCUAGGCCAAACUCGCCGGGAAAAAACAAUAUCCCGAAAACGAAUCCCAAUGCACCGCCGGUGGCAGCACCAGAGCCGCAGGUGCCUAAGAUUGAUAUCGGCCAAAUGAAAGACCAAAUGUUAUUCUGGCUUGCAAGAAACGGGCAAAAUCCGAAAAAUCCUUGGAUAUUCUGGAGUGGAUUCAAUGACGGCGUUACCGUCAGAAAUUUUGCUAAUACUUUCAAACCUAUGAAGCCAAAUUGGAUUCGCGACGUGCUGGAAAGCCCUGAACUCAUGGCGAGCAAGAAGGCAUAUGCCGACGCUGGGCAGGAAUGGAGAUGGUGGUCGCAUGCGUCAAAAUCAGUCGCUCAGAUCGCAGCGGAAAACGCAGAAAAGAUAUAUGUUAUUCUUCCCAAGGGCCGGCCGCUAGAGAAGCCGUAUGCGGAUGGGAAGUACUCUAAUUUCUGGGAGUAUGAAAUUGCGGAGUUGACAAGGCCAGGGGACAAUAAGAUCAAACGGAUCAUGCGUGUGGACAAAGAGGACCUUGGGAAUGAAAAAUUAAUCUGGACGCCUGGGCCCGGAUGGGGUGGCCAGAAAGGAAAACCAGGCGACCCGAACGUUAAACCAACAUAG